AUGGCCAACGACACCAUAAUCACAGAUGAUUAUGUCGCCGAGCUCCUUGCCAAGGAAGCGAGCGAGGCCUCGAUAAAGUAUUCCUCCAUGGGCCUUGAAGCUUUCAGAUCGACGUCGACAAAACCUGCGAACAAGGCAAAGCCAAACACCAACUUCUUGACUCGUAUUAUUCGCGAAACCGACUCCCACAAUGCCGCAAUCAAGGCCAGAGAAGCCGCCGAGGCGCAGGCGCGCUUGUCCGGCUUAGAAGAAGCCGAAGAGAAGAAGCGACUUAAAACCAACCCUUCGCUACAGGACAUACGACGACGGCAGUUAGGCGCCAUCUCCUCGUUACUUUCCGGGCAAAAGAAAAGACGUGGGGCUGAGGAAGACGUGCAGUCGAGCGUCAGAGCGUCAUCCAGAGACCGCAAGGACAGUAAAACUGGCGACAAGGAAAAGCAUAAGCGAAGCGAGAGCCGACGUUCGGACAACGAGGAUACAAAAGAUGCAUCGCGAGAAAGACGCCACCAUCACCACCACCGACAUCAUAGAGACGAAGAGAGGUCCUCUCGCAACGAACGGCGGCACAGAGACAGAUCCAGGUCGCGCUCUCCACGACACCGCGAGCGCAGACACCGACAUCGGUCUCGUUCCCCGCUCAGCAGCGACCAAGAAGGGGGGAAGCACAGCCGCUCGUCGCAUAAGUCCCGAAGCAGCAGGUCCGAAAAGGAGAGCCGUUCCCGCAAGGACCGCGACAUAAUACCAGAAAAGUCAUCAACCCACAGGCGACAUGGCCGGCUGGCUGAAAAGGAGGUAUCCGAAAACGAAGAGUCUGAUCCGCUUGAGGACCUCAUUGGGCCAGCAGCACCCCCGCCUGCUGACGCCUACCCUCCACCUGUUCGCACUCGUGGAAGAGGAGCAGGAAGGGGAGGGGCCGCCAUGGACGGAAGAUUUGCGAGCGAUUACGAUCCAAGCGAAGACAUGCAGCUGGAUGAGACUGACCUCAAGGUCUCCAAGACUGACGAUUGGGAUGACAUGGUGGAAUCCUUCCGUGACCGGCAAAAGUGGCUCAAGCAGGGCGCCGACAGACUUCGGGCUGCUGGUUUCUCGGAAGAGGACAUAAAAAAAUGGGAGAAGACUGGGCCUAACGGGGAGAAGGAUAUUGAGGACGUUACAUGGACCAAGGCUGGGGAGAAAAGGGAAUGGGAUAAAGGCAAGGGAGAUAACUAG